AUGCCUGUCUCCAAGCGUGCCCGUCUCGUCCAUGAAUCCAAGACAAGCAAAAAGAAUCACAAAGAGCAAACCCGACGCUUGUUCGCCAAUAUCCGUGAAUCUGUCGAGCAAUAUGACCAUCUCUUCGUCUUCUCCGUCGACAACAUGCGCAACACUUAUCUAAAGGAUGUGCGCACAGAGUUCUCCGAUGGCCGACUCUUCUUCGGUAAAACCAAAGUCAUGGCUGUCGCCCUCGGCAACACUCCCGAGACCGCAUUCGCUCAGAAUCUCGAAAAACUCAACCGCUUCCUCACUGGCGCCGUGGGCUUACUCUUCACUUCCCGCUCCCCAGAAGAAGUCAUCACAUAUCUCGAAUCCUUCCGCCCAUCUGAUUUUGCUCGUGCCGGCAACGUCGCGACUCGCUCAUUCACUAUUCCCAACGGCAUUGUGUAUUCUCGUGCAGGCGAGAUUCCGACUUCCCAGGACGAUCCGAUCAGCCACACUAUUGAGCCUGCGCUGCGCAAACUCGGUGUUCCGACGAGGCUUGUCAAGGGUCAGGUUGUGUUGGAGCUGCUGGAUGGUGAGAAGGGGUAUGUGGUGUGCAGGGAAGGGGAGACGCUGGAUUCGAGGCAGACUACGUUGCUGAAAAUGUUUGGUGUUACUACCUCUGAGUUCAAGGUCGAUAUCAAAGCUCAAUGGGAUCGGGAGACGGGUGAGGUCAAGAUCUUAGAGAAGCCCGAGGGUGCUAUGGACGUGGAGUAA